UUGUUGGCGGGAACGUUCAUGCAGUGCCGGCCGGUGUGACGGUGUCCAGAAUGUAAACAAAUGGCCUUAACGCAAACUUGAGUACAAUAAAUCAGUAUAUGUACAAUAUGAGCAAGUUGCGUUCCGCUAUGCAGAAAGGAAAGAGAUCCACGCUUACAAUGGCAGAAACUACGAAAACACCCCGAAAGAGGACUAAGGAAGCUGUAAAAAAAGAAGAAGAACCCACCAAUCCCUGCCCUCAGGCCACAUACCACACUUUUCAUGAACCAGCCUCUGUGCUGCAGAUACAGAAGAAGCUCCUCAACUGGUAUGACAAGGAAAAGAGAGAGCUUCCAUGGAGGACAGUGGCCUUAAAAGAGCCAGACGUCAACAUCAGAACAUAUGCAGUUUGGGUCUCAGAGAUCAUGCUGCAGCAGACCCAGGUGGCCACUGUGAUAGAAUAUUACAACAGAUGGAUGAAGAGGUGGCCGACGGUGCAGGAUCUGGCAGCUGCUUCACUUGAGGAAGUCAACAAAAUGUGGGCGGGGCUUGGCUACUACUCCCGAGGAAGGAGACUGCACGAAGGAGCUCAGAAGGUGGUGACAGAGAUGGAGGGCCAGAUGCCAAGGACGGUUGACAGCCUUCUGAAACAGCUGCCUGGGGUCGGACGCUACACUGCUGGGGCGAUCGGGUCUAUUGCACUCGGAGAGGUGUCUGGAGUGGUGGAUGGCAACGUGAUCCGUGUCCUGUGCCGCCUGAGGGCUAUAGGGGCUGACAGCACCAGCUCUGCCGUGACAGAGGCCCUAUGGACCAUGGCUAAUACCGUGGUGGACCCAGAGAGACCUGGGGAAUUCAACCAAGCCAUGAUGGAGCUGGGGGCCAGAGUCUGCACCCCUAAAGCAGCUCUCUGUGGCCAGUGUCCUCUAAAGACCCACUGCCACUCCUACCGCAAGGUUCAUGUCAAGCAGGAGGCAAACUCCAAGAAGCUCCUGGGGAAAGUGGGCAAGAGCCCGUCUGCACAGGGUGAUAUAGAAGACUGCCCCACGCCUGCAUCCUGCACCUUGUGCCCCACGGAGCCCUGGUUGGAUGACCUGGGGGUCCACAACUUCCCGAGGAAGCCUGCCAAGAAGGCCCCACGCGUCGAACGAACCCUCACCUGUGUGGCACGCCGACCCAGCGAAGACGGAGAGGACGAGUAUCUGCUCACCCAGAGACCAAACAAAGGUCUGCUGGCCGGGAUGUGGGAGUUCCCCAGUUUGUUACUGGACGAGGAGAAUUCAAAAGUCAAGCAGAAGGGAGCCCUGUGUGCAGAGGUUGGAAGAAUCUUGGGAGUCGAGGUCAACAAGGACCGUUUGUCUUAUGUUGGGGAGGUGGUUCAUAUAUUCUCUCACAUUCACCAGACGUACAUUGUGUACAGUGUUUCUGUUGAGGACGAACACGCUACUGAAGAAACACAAAGUGAAAAACUUCAGUGGCUAACCAGGCCUGCUCUGCUUGAGGCAGCUGUCUCCACAGGACUGAAAAAGAUCCUAAAGCUGUAUGAAACUAUGGGUGAACUUAGUCAUGAGGUGCUAACUUUAAAGGACGGCAAGAGGAAGAAGGUUGCGAAAAACAGCAAGUUGUCAGCAAGUAAAAAAACCAAACCCAACCCAGCCAAUGGAACCAGGCAGCUGUCACUCAACUCCUUCUUCAAGACCACAGAGGAAACAUGAAACGCUGUUUCACAGAGACGUUCAGAUAUCAGCCGAGAGUACUAUGUGCAUUUGGAGCAUAGCCAUUUGCCAUCCCCUCAUUGACAGGGAAACAUAUUUUAAGCACAGUUUGGACAGGUUUGAUCCAACAAAAUAAAUACUUUUUAUUAGA